AUGGUUCGAGAUUCUGAGAGCUCGCCGCGAGGAACGAUCGCUGCAAGAAAUAGGCGCGAAAGGGAGGGAAAGGCUUCUGCCGUAGCGUCGGUUGAGAGAGGUGAAGGAUCGGUGGAGAGCGGUGGGGAAUUCGCGAAACCAGUUGCUGCCGAGAGCGGGGAGGGGGGAGAAGAAGGCGGCGGGGACAGAUCGAGGCACGCGCGGAGGGCACGUGGGGGAAGGAAAGGGCGUGCGGCGGCGCAGGCGCGCGGAGGUCGCGGAGAAGAGGAAACAGCGGGCGAAGGAACGGCUGGUUUGAAGGGGCACGGGACGACAAAAGGGGCGAGGGGGGUGGCGGAAACGGGGCGACGAGGGCGCGCGGGUAAGGCGAAGGCGGAAGGACGCGUAGGGCGCUUAGAGGAGCGCGAAGGCGGAGCGGAGGGCAGAGGCAGGGCGGAGCGGAGGCUACUGCGCGGAUUGAGGCUGGAAGACUUCCCCCCUGCGGAGCAAGGCGCGCUGGUAGCGGAGAGGCAGGCGGAGAGUGAAACACUAGAGGAGGAGGAGGAAGGGGAGGGGGAGGAGGAGGUGCGGGAAGGAGAGGAGGAAGAGGAGGUGGUGGGAUUGGAGGGAGGGAGUGAGGAGGGGAGAGGGGAGGCGGUGCAGGAGGAGAUUCAGGAGCUUCUGAGGGAGGCGAUAGCUGCAGAAGAGGCGGAGGCUCGGCAAGUAGAGGCACCGCAAGUCGAGGCUCGGCAAGCUGAGGCUCGGCAAGUUGAGGCUCGGCAAGUACAGGCGCGGCAAGUUGAGGCACGAUCUGCUCCAACUGUAGCAGGGAUAGCAGCAGCAGGGAAAGUAAGGAGAGUGAAGAGGGGUUGGGUAGAAGGGGUGAAGGGAAGAGGCAGGGAGGGAAGAGACAGAGAGGGAAGCGGCGGAGAGGGAAGGUCAGGCGAGCUGGAGGUUGCAGGGAGGAGAGGUAGAGAGGGUGAGGAUCGAGAGGCAACAACAGUGGAGGUAGGGGCUGCAGCAGAGGGGGGAAAGAGGGCAGUGAGGGUGGUGGCAUCACGCACACAUACAGAGACAGUGCCUGUGUCGGAAGAGCAGCAGGUGGUUACAGUCACAGAGACCACGGUGCAGCUGCAGGUGCAGCAGGUGGCUGUAGAGAGGGGAGCGGAGGAAACGGGUGCAGGUGAGGCAGAGGCAGAGGAAGAGGAAGCGGAAGCGGACGAAGCAUUUGAGGCUGCAGGUGAACGGAUGGAGGGUAUCGAGAUGGCUGGCGGUAUAGAUGCGCAAGCCGCUGCGAAGCAGCAGCAGCGAGCAGCAGCAGCAGCAGCAGCAGCAGGGAACGGCGGCGCAAGGCCGGCCGCUCCUGCUGUGCCUCCUGCGUGGCGCCUGGACGACCAGCAGCAGCAGAUCGACUCAGGUCAGGGCGAGAAGGGCCCAGGGGUGCCUGGGGGGGCGGAACAGAGUGGGGGGGGCAGGGGGGCUGUUGACGCUGCUGCUGGGACCCGGGGUGUUAAGCGCUCUGCUGCUGUGAUGACCCAGGCAGGUGGAGGGGGGGCUGGAGGACAGGAGGGGGCUGGUGUGGGCACGGGAGGAGGUGCAGAGGAGGGCGGUGCAGGAGAGUGCGCGGGCUGUGAGGGACAUGCGGGGACGGGUGGAGAGGCGGAGAGGCGGAGGAGGGAGGCGCGGCGGCUGGAGGAGGAGCGGGAUGAGCGGCUGAGGGAUUUGGCUGACACGGUUCAAGAGCUGGUAAGAACUGGUGAGCGCAUGAUGGAGGUGGUGGUGAGUCAUGCGCUGCAGGCGAGAGAGGAGGUGCAGCGGAGGAAGGUGCAGGAGAGUGCGCGGGCUGUGAGGGAGAUGCGGGGGAAGGUGGAGAGGCGGAGGAGGGAGGUGGGGAGGAUGGAGGAGGAGCGGGAUGAGCGGUUGAGGGAGAUGGACGAGGCGGUUCAAGAGCUGGUACGACUCGAGGAGCGGGAUGAGCGGCUGAGGGAGAUGGAUGAUGCCGUUCAAGAGCUGGGUAAUGUCUUUCCCCCUCCCUUAUACCGUGCAGCUGGCGAGGGCGGAGAGCCUGUAGACGGCGGCAGGGGUGGUGCGUGGCUGGUGGCGAGGGCGGAGAGCCUGGAGAGGGCGGGCAGGGAGGCGCAGAGAUGGUUCGCACUACUGAGGGACGACAAGGAAGGGGGGGCACUGGCAGAGGCAGAGGAGCAGCUGGAAGCACAGCAGGCUGAGCUGUGGGCGCUAUAG